AGUCUAUGACGUGUUUUGACGUUUGUCAUUAAAAAACGUCGCUGUUUUGCGGUAUCGAACAGCAAAUAAUAUUUUUUAUUAACAGAAAACCUAAUAAACAAUCAACUAGACACCAUUGAUAUGUACUUACUUUCCACACAUUGAUUUAUUAAUAAGUUUCACUAGCUAUAACAAUGAUAACGCUUAAUAGAAAAUUAAAAAAGGAACAUACGGAGCCCACGAACGGUAUUAAGGUGGAUACGAACAAAAGGAUAUCCGUUAGAGACAAGUUGUUAGUGAAAGAGGUUCAGGAGAUAGAGGAGAACCUCCCUGGGACGUGUUCUGUGCAGUUUGAGGACCCGAACGUGCUCAGCGAGUUCACAUUGACAGUGGCCCCUGAUGAAGGUUUUUGGCAAGGGGGCAAGUUUAAAUUCAGUGUUUUUGUCACUGAAGACUAUAAUAUGGCACCUCCAAAAGUCAAAUGUCUAACUCGGUUGUGGCACCCGAACAUAAAUGUGGAUGGAGACAUCUGCUUGUCCCUGCUGCGGCAGACCUCGAUUGAUGAGCACGGCUGGGCGCCCACUCGGAGACUCAAGGAUGUGGUGUGGGGCCUCAACUCUUUAUUUACUGAUCUCCUAAACUUUGAAGACCCUCUCAACAUCGAAGCGGCCGAGAUGUACAAGAAAAACAAAAUCGAGUUUCAAGCGAAAGUUCAGGAGUACAUAUCAGGAGCUAAAGGCAAGAGAUGAAAUUCGGUUUCACCGUACAGCGUCCUUAGGAAUCUUUGUACAUUAUUCAUCGUUUUUAUCUACCAUUAUUUUGUAGGUAAAUAUAUAAUACUCCAAAAGUGAUAAAUCUAUAUUUAAAUAAUUCACAUUUAUAAUAAUGAUGGUGGUUUGUAGCUGUGAUUUUAUAUGGUUGUGUUUAUUUGGUUUGGUUGUUCAAUUUAGAUUUAGCCAAAUAUUUUGAAAUAUCAAAAGGCGUAGCAACACGAAAGUAAUUUAAAUUGGAACGAAAUAUGACGCCGUAAUUUUAUUAACCAAUUGACCAUGUCAUAUCGCGUACCUGUCACACACACGCCAACAUAAUUGAUACAAUCAUGGUAGAGUUAAACCAAGAAAAGUCUGCAGAGAUUUUGACAGCACAUGUGCACUGCGUGCAGUGCAGGUGUUAUUUUAAACGUCAAACUUCUAUGAAAUUAUGACGUAUAACUAACACUGGCACUGCAUGUGCUGUCAAAAUCUCUGCAGACUUUUCUUGGUCUAACUUUAACAAAUUGUCAGGUGACAAGCAAAACUCACUAAAUUAGUUACUAAAAAAAAAUUAAACAAAAAUCGACCUUCUUAUAGUACUAAUAUGGUUCACUAUGGCUAUGAACUCGUGAUGGUAAUUAGCGAGUUUUGCUUGUCACCUCACGAAAUAUAAAUAAACCUUACUUACUUGAUACAUUGCACUUUGACAGACUUCAUUUAAUUAUAUUAUAAACACUCUUGGAAUUAUGAGCAAUUACUCGUCUAGUCAUUCAAGAUUUGAUAAUUAUACCGAAUUAUCGUUAAUAUCAGACUUAUUUGAGCAUAUACUAAUAAGUGAGGUAUGUACAUAUUUUUUACUUUUCUUUACAAAGUUUAACUUUUCAGAUAAACCACGAACAAUUUCGUACAUUGACCCCACCGAUUCCUAUCUCUAUCGCACGUGCAUAAUUUUACUGCUGUGCCACUGUGCGAGCGGGACAGCAAUAUAAUUAAGCCUGUGCAAUAGAGAUAGGAAAUGGCGGGUUAAUGUUAGAAAUUCUUCAUGCUUUGCGACCUUAUUUUACCUAUAAAAUCACAUGCUACAGUAUAAUGUUAUUCUAUGGAACUUGCUAACUAUGUCAACAAAAGUCACUAGUAAAUUCAUCAUUCAGAGACAAUUUCAAUAUGGCGGUUUGUUUACAUAGUUAGCAAGUUCCAUAGAAUGACACUACACUGUCGAGUCAUACAAAAGGAAGCUGUGAGUCCGCAAUAAUGCAAUAAUAGGUGUUUGAAUCGUGUGGCCAUUGAUACGCGUGUUCCAAAUCGAUUAAAUAGAAUUUUAUAAUAAAUGAAAUAUGCACGCUC